GUUUAGAUAAUACUUUAUUUUUAUAUGGAAAAUUAAGGUAAUGGUGAGGGAUUAUGAAUUAUAAUUUAAUAUAAAAGAAAAAUUUCUUGCUUUGUUUAUAUCUGUCAUUUCAAACUAUAAUAAUUAUAUUAAAAAAGUGUAAAAUUUCUAUAAAAAAAUAAGGAACAAAAUAGUGUUAAUUAUUUUUAGAUUCUUCAAUAUUCAUUUAAUCAGCCAGCAGCUCACUCAUUUUACUCAACAAAGCUAUUAAACACAAUCAACUGAUCAAUUCACAACCAUGUAAUAAGGACAUACUGUUAGUUGGAGUUCAAAGAAAUUAAAAUCACUAAGCGAAGAAUUCGUCACUGAUCCUAAAGCAAUUAAGCAUUUAGAUGUUUCAAAUAACUUAUUAAGGACAGGCAGAUCUCUUGAGAGAUUUAUCAAUUUAGUGACUUUAAUUAUUGAUGAAAACCAAAUUAGCAACUUGUAAGAAUUCCCUCAACUUCAAUCACUUGAGUGCCUGAGCUUAAUCAAGAAUUAAAUCUAAGACUUAGAUGAAUUCAUAAUGUUGUGCAAGUCCAAAUUCCCUAAAUUAAGCAAUUUAAAUUUAAUGAAGAAUCCCUGUUGUCCUACUUUCUUCUUACAAGAAGAAGACUAUCACAAUUAUAGGUAGCAACUAGUUAAAAGUAUUUCAACAUUGACUAUUAUUGAUGGCUUCCCCGUUACUGAAAAAGACUUUUAGCCAUUUGUUUCAGAAAUCUAACCCAUAGAAGAAGGCAACUAAAGCAAUGGGUAUGGUAAAUAAGUUAUAAGAUAGUAAUAUGUUGAAAAUGAUUAAGCAAGAGGUGUAGUAGAGCACAAUCCUAAAUAUGCUAAAGUAAAUCAAAACAGAAAUAUCCUUAAAGGAACCAGCUAAGGUAAUAAACACAUUCCCAAUGAAAAAUUGUGAUAAAAUUUAGCAAAAAUGAUACAAUAGUUAAAAAAAUUUGAAGAAAAUGAACAAAAUAUCUAGCUUUUCCAUAAAAAAUAUAUAUAAUAUUAUUUGAUUUGUUUGAAUGAUUAAUAAUUGAUAAAUUUAUUCUCGUAAUUUAUAUUUGUAGUAAUGCAGAGUAUUAGUUAUAAUUAAUUAAUC